CCCACGGCGCCCUGGAGAGGUUCCAGCAUCUUUCGGCCUGGACGCCCCGGGCAACCGCUGCACCGGGGCCCGGAACCACAGCCGUUCUGCGGGCUUGACUUGCAGCUCUGGGUGGAAAAGCCGCGGCUGCAGAUGCCGAGGUUGAGGCUGCUGAGCGCCGGCGGCCCGGGACAAACGACUCUGAGCACCCAUGCGGCUGCUGGGCCAGCGCGCGCCGAACCGCGGCCCGGAGCCCAGUCUGGCCUCGGGCAAGUGGGGAUCCGCACGCAGGGUCAGCGGAGCAGAACGGAGCCAGCUUUUAGCUGGGCUCCAGUCCUGCGGACCUUCUCAGUCGCCAGGGCCCACCCAGGGAGAGAGCAGGGGGAAGAUAAACAGCAGAUCCAGGGCGCGGCGCGCUCUCCGCCACCUCCUGGCCUCGCGCAGUCUCCCGGCGCGCAGGGCCCGGGCGGGGCUGCGGGGUUUCUCCGGACCGGGGCUCGGAAGGACGCGCUGGGCCUUAGUCCUGAGCGAUCCGUCCUCUGCAAACGCAGCUCUGGUUACAUCCCUGACGCGAUCCCCUGGCUCUGCUUGCAGGCACAAAUCAGCUACGUUCCUGCCUGCGAGUCUAGGCCCUGCUAUUUCAAGAAUUCCAGGGAAAAAAUGUGCAGCGGUGCGGUACGGGUCUGUGCAGCGCAGGGAACUCGUGAAGCAAGGAGGCGCGCGGCCUGCAGGCAGACACAUUUGUCCCCUCUGGGUCUGCCCAGCUUUACUGCUCGUGGGGGUGGAGUAAAGGUUUGUUUCUCUCUCCCAGAGUUUCCUCUGAAAUCAACUCUCUUUAGAGCGAAGGUCCAGUAUGGCUCUAUCUCGCCUGUAGCAAUCGCAAUGUGUCCAAAAUGGGCACCAGCACCGAGUUUCUCCGAGACGCGGAGUCUCUUGGCCCUGGAGUUCAUUCUUGUUUUCUCAAUGGAAGGGCCUCCGAAAUCCCCCAGGACCGUCUCAGUCACUCUUCCACAAAACUGUACAUUUCCUUAAGGAAGGGAUAGUUUUUACUCACCUUUGAUUUUCCCACCAAGUAAUGCCUACACGUAAGUACUCAAUAAAUCAUUAUUAAUUACCCAACUCACUCUUAGUCAUUAAAUUUCUACACUCUGAAACAGAGGAAUGAAGGAACGGGAAGACAGGCCUUAAAGAUACCAAAUACAAGUGAAGGACGUAGUCAUCCAUGCUGAGUGGCAUUUGUAAGACGGUAAUAGUGCUCAGAAACAAUUUGCUAAUCAAACCUCCUAGGUUUUAGGACUAUCAUGAGCGGGAGGUGGGAAUGACCUACAUUCUCAGGCAAUUUAAAAAAAAAAUUAACAUUUGGAUAUAUUUUCCUUUCUUUUCUCUUUCUAUAAACUAGGUGUGUAAGCCAUUAUGCUUGAAGGGAAAAUGUACUUUGCCUACCUUUGAUAUCUUAUCUGUCCUUGGACUUACUUGGUACAUUUGGCUAACCCCAUAGUCUCACUUUUUAUAUUUUCACUGGCAUCAUAACAUAAAUUGGAAAAACCUGAUUUGGAUAUCUAAAAUACUUACCUUGGGAAAGUGAGCUGCAAAUAUUAAAAUCCACUAGCUACCUUAAUUGUUGCUUUUUCAGUUCUCAGUGAUACUUUAUAACUUGUACCUUAGUCUUUGAAGGUACU